AUGAAAGACAGACAAAAACAAGAUCUGGAGCGAGACGCCUCAAACGUUCGAAAAGUUUCCCCGAAAAUGUUUUCAACUGGUGAUGAACGAGAUCCUGUCGUGGCGUACAAAAUUUACCGUGAAAAGCGACCGGAAAACAUGAUGGCUGACGAUUCGCCAUUCUACUUGGGAAUAAACCACACGAAAACAGACGGCUCCAAAAAGCACUGGUUCAAGUCGGCACCUAUGGGUGUAAAUAAAUUAAACACUUUGAUGAAAACAAUGGCUUCAAAAGCAAACAUCAACAACGAGCGACUCACGAACCAUAGUGCUCGUAAACACAUGAUUCAAAAACUUAAUGACAGUAAAAUUCCGCCAACGCAUAUAAUGCAGUUAAGUGGGCACAAGAGCGUGCAAAGCAUAACAAACUAUAGUAGCUUGAACCUAAAUCAACAAAAAAACAUAUCAGGCAUCUUAAGCCGAGCAUCGUCGCAAACACAAGUAACUACUACAACUAACGAAACUGCUGCUGCGAGCACUUGCACUAGUAAAACCCCGAUGAGUUUUUUUGAUGGAGCAGUAAUAAGUGGAGGACAAUUUACGAUUUCCAUUAAUGUGCUUACUACCUCGCCGACCAUUCAAACCAGGAGUUCCGUCACCGAAACCACCGAAAAAAGGUGGAAGAGAAUCCGAAUUGAGGAGUCCGACUCGGAUUAA